AUGGAGCUCAAGAGAAAAGUAAAAUUGCCUCAUGACAUGAAAUAUUUAGUAAGGUGUACCACCUUACCUUGCGGCUCUGUGUCUCCAAAGGGGCCGUUCAGUCUGGUGCGACGAUGCGUCCACAGAGACACUGGACAGCAGUUCGCGGUCAAGAUCGUCGACGUGGCCAAGUUUACAUCCGCCCCUGGCUUAUCCAUCAAUGAUUUGAAGCGUGAGGCAACCAUCUGUCACAUGCUCAAACAUGAACACAUCGUGGAGUUGCUCGAGACCUACUCUUCGGAGGGGAUGCUUUAUAUGGUCUUUGAGUACAUGGACGGAGCGGACCUCUGCUUCGAAAUCGUCAAGCGAGCGAUGUCGGGCUUCGUCUACAGUGAGGCUGUGGCCAGCCACUACAUGCGCCAGAUCCUGGAGGCCCUGCUGUACUGCCACGAGAACGACAUCAUCCACCGAGACAUCAAGCCUCACUGCGUCCUCCUGGCGUGCAAGGAGAACAGCGCCCCGGUCAAGCUUGGGGGGUUUGGCGUGGCGAUACAACUGCAGGACGGCGAACUGGUCAAUGGAGUGUCCGCUCUCUAUACCCCUCAGUUCGGUCGAAUAGGUACGCCUCACUUCAUGAGUCCCGAGGUGGUGGAACGUCAGCCGUAUGGGAAGCCCGUCGACGUCUGGUCUGCGGGCGUCCUCCUCCACAUCUUGCUGUCGGGAACUCUUCCUUUUUACGGGACCAAAGAGCGACUGUAUGACUCCAUAUGUCAAGCCAAGUUGCAUCUCAACACGCCCACGUGGGAACUGACAAGUGAACACGCAAAGGACCUGGUUCGGCGGAUGCUGACCUUUGACCCUAACGAGCGUAUCACCGUCAAGGAGGCUCUGAAUCACCGUUGGAUCAAGGACCGCGACAAGUAUGCUUCGCGCACGCACCUUCACUCCACGGUGGAGGAGAUGCGCAAGAUGAACGCCCGCCGGAAGCUGAAGGGCGCCGUGCUGGCCGCCGUGUCUUCGCCGCGCUGGACCAGCUUCUAUAGCGACCCGACCCUCGACCCCUACCCUGAGCUCCCCGCCGACGACGACGUGUGCAGCACAGGAGCAGUAAGCGUCGUGCUGGACUCCCUGGACGAUAUACAAUGUCUCCAGGAAUGCCCAGUGAAGGACCGAGAUUUCCUGCUCUCCGUCCUGGAAGACACGCAGCUCCACGCUCUCCUUGACCUGUACGACCGGAUCCACAGUGCCUCGGUGUCGCCGGGUCGGGGGGGCGUGGCGCAGGACGCCGUCGAGAUCGCCAGGGACGUCGUGGACCUCAUGCGCGACUACGACGACGCCAUGAUUCCGGAGGUGGACGAGCUACGCGACCUCCUCAGUGAACCACAUAUUCGGGUGAGUACUUGGGAAAUUAUCGAGGAACAAAUAACUUUAAAAUUUAAACAUAGGGAUUUGACGCGAUUUCCCCCCAGUAUGAUUUUUGUUUCGCGAGGUUAUCCUCCUAAACCUAGGGGUCAAGUCAGUGUGAAUCAAAAUUUGGCCUCACUUUAA